GUUAAUUCCAGAGCAGCAUGUCAGGCAGGCGACAGAUGUCGUGUGCGUUGUUUUUAAGAUAAUAAACAUUUUGUCGGUUAUUUAAUGUUAAGUAUUGUAAUAAAGCAAUAUUACACGUUAUAAAUUAAAGUUUUGUGGGGUCGAAGAGAGACAGAAUGCCUCGAUAUGCACAGCUUGUCAUUGGACCUGCUGGAAGCGGAAAGAGUACAUACUGCUCCACCAUGAUCCAGCAUGCUGAAGCCAUAAACCGCUCCAUACAGGUUGUAAACCUCGAUCCAGCUGCAGAGCACUUUAAUUAUCCGGUCAUGGCAGAUAUCCGGGAGUUGAUCCAGGUGGACGACGUGAUGGAGGACGAGUCGCUGAGGUUUGGCCCGAACGGAGGCUUGGUUUUCUGCAUGGAGUACUUCGCUAGUAACUUCGAAUGGCUGGAAGAAUGUCUGGGGCAUGUUGAGGAUGACUACAUACUUUUUGACUGCCCAGGUCAGAUUGAGCUCUACACUCAUCUUCCGGUCAUGAAGCAGUUAGUCGAGCAGCUCCAGCAGUGGGAGUUUCGUGUGUGUGGUGUCUUUUUAGUCGAUUCUCAAUUCAUGGUUGAGACCUUCAAGUUUAUUUCUGGUGUCAUGGCGGCCUUGAGCGCUAUGGUAGCACUGGAAAUCCCUCAGGUCAACAUCAUGACCAAAAUGGACCUGCUGAAUCCUAAAGCUAAGAAAGAAAUUGAGAAGUAUCUAGAUCCAGAUAUGUAUUCGAUGAUGGAGGACAGCUCUGCCACGCUAAGGAGCAAAAAAUUCAGGAAACUCACCAAAGCCAUCUGUGGAUUGAUUGAUGACUACAGCAUGGUGCGUUUCCUGCCCUUUGAUCGCACCGACGAUGAAGGCAUCAACAUUGUUCUUCAGCACAUUGACUUCUCCAUACAGUACGGCGAGGACCUGGAGUUUAAAGAACCCAAGGAGGAAGAUGAGGAGGAGGAAGAACCUGGCAAUCAGAAUUACGAUGCGUAUUUCCAAGACAGAGUGGAUUCCUAAACCCCACAGCCACGAGACACUGAAGUGAACAAGAUAUUUGUACUCCACCGAGUGCUGACUGUGGAAAUCCAACCCUGCAAGUGAACAACACUGUACAGAAGAUCCUGGGUAUAAAGACAGAAUGUUCAAGAAUUAUUUUCAGUUUUGUUUGAUUUGUCAUUCUUUUAUCUGUAACCGAAGCUCUUUGCUCAUGUCCUGGGUAUCGACAUGGCUUGUAUUAUACAUAGAUAUAACUUAUGUUAAAUAUCUUUUUCAAUAAAUGUGAGAUUUUUGGAAAACA